UUUAUCUCCGGCGUUUCGUGGUUUCGUGUUAGAAAUGGUUACUGGUAUUCACAAAGCGAGAAAGAGAGAAGAUGUGUUUAUCCAGGAUUCAGAGUCUGAGACUGGCAGCAGUACUGGAGGACUGUUCACAUCAGCUGGAAAUACUGGGACAUAUUCUCACAAUGCGGAUACGCGGGGAAAGACCUGCACAGGAGAAAGCCAAUCUCAGGAAGUUGACAAGGGAUUGUGAAUACAUCUCACAGCUGAUGUCCAAGCUACAUUUGGAGCUGGAGGAGAAACAGUGUUUUAGCUCUCUGCUGCAGGCUGUGGAGGAAAUUGAGCAGAGGAGAAGGGAUACGAACAUGAAAAGGGAGGAAAUGAAACAAGUGGACAAGAGAAGACAGACUCUUCUGAAACAACAAGAGGAGCUCCAACAGAAAACUCUCAAACUGCAGGUCAUACGCCAUGAAGCAAACAAGAAAGAUCAUUUGUUAAAGAUGAGAAGCAAAGAGAACACUAAGGAGAACGACACUGGGCUGCAGCUCAGGAAGAUCCAGAAUGAGACCAGUCAGGCUGAAGCACUGCUGGAAGGGCAGCUGGAGCUGCUGAAGAAACAGUUGAAGGAGGAGGUGAGAGUUCACGAGGAGUCUCAGAAAUUCCUGCUGAGGCAGCAUGAGGAGCUGCAGCAGCUGCUGCAUGAGCUGCAGCAGCACACAGAGCAGAUGGUGCAGGAGAAGAGCAAGCAGCUCCACAACGUGUGCUUCAAAAAGAACCUAAACUUAGACAGGCUGGAGGACAUGAAGAUGAAGUUCAAGGAGAUGGAGCAGAUGGUGAUGGAGGACAGGGAGGAGCAAGAGAAACUGCACCAACAGCAGGCACGGAUCAGAGCUGCCACCAAGCUGCAGGCCUGGUGGAGAGGCUGCAUCGUACGCCGAGGACUCUGUGGUUUUAAAAAAGCUGAGAAAGGCAAGAAAGGGAACAAGAAGGAAAGAAAGAAAAAGAAGAAAUGA